AUGGAUAAAUUUUUAUUUGGAAAACAAUCUACUUCUCCGGCAGAAGAUAAUGAACCUUGCACAAGCAGUAUUGCUAAGAAAAGAAAGAUUGUGAAAGAGGUUCAGGAAGUGAGUAAGGUUUCACUGUCAGCUGAAACUAUUAAAAGACGUAUUGGCGACAUGUCAACAGAUAUUUUGAACACGCUUAUUUUGAAAUUGAUCGCAGCUAACAAUUUUGCUCUUCAAAUUGACGAGUCAACGGAUAUUAAAAAUCAAGCACAAUUAAUUGCAAUUGUACGUAUUGUUGACGAAGAUUGCAUAAAAGAAAAUUUUUUAUUUUGUAAAAAACUUUCCGAACGAACUACUGGAGAGGAUAUUUUUCGAGUAACUGAUGAUUUCUUCAAAAUACAUAAUCUACAAUGGAGUAACUGCAUGAGUAUUUGUACUGAUGGCGCCGCAGCAAUGACUGGUAACAUAAAGGGUUUUGUUGCCUAUGUAAUGUUUCAGGUUAGCUUUGAUAUUAUUAUUGUAAAUAAAACACGAUUAGUUUGA